AGCAAGCACCUUCGACACCCUUCUACUCUGUAAACCUACCUUUCCAGAACAAGCAGCAAAGAUGAAUAUCAUGAUAUCGUCAUGUAUCCGGGGCGUUCGGAUUUGCAAGAGUGGUGUAGAAGUGGAGGCAAACCCCGCGAAGUUCUCCGUACUUAAAAAAGAACAGGCCUGAAAAGCCCCAGACUCCAAUCCCCACACUGCCCACCUUGCUAACAAUUCCCAUUCAUUCCCACCGAUCAUUCCCCGACAGCGCUGAAUAUCCACCAGAGAGAAGAUGCUUCUGUCCCAGCACUGCAACAGGCAGAAUGCUCGUAUAUGCUAGACGCGCGACCCCGAAGCCGCCCAAGAGAAGAUCCAGAGCUGGAUGCGUACACUGCAAAGAAAAGGUACGCUUUUCCUCCACCCGACAUCUCUGCUGCACGUCGCCUCGCCGCGCAAACCGUUGUCUGACAUUCAGCCGCAGAAGAAGAAAUGCAACGAGAAACGACCGCAGUGCGAUCGCUGCGCUGAACGAGGACUGCAGUGCGAGUACGAAGCCGUGAAGCCUCGGAAGCGGAGACGGCCAUCCUUCGUUGGCUCUGCGCUUUCGCACGAUAGCGCUUCUCCAAUCUACUACGAGGGCGAAAGGUGGUCGGGCGAAUUCGACCAAGUGAGGGGGGGGAACGGUGACCAUGAGGCGCGGAGAUGGGACACAUACUCAGAUUACCAGUAUGAUGCGUCACCAGACACAGCGACGUUAUCGUGGGACGGGACGACUCUUGAAAACGAUGUGGAGGAGAUACCAAGGGCGGAACCAGAGACAUCGAGCAGCAGCAUCGUGAGAUCGCGAAGCCAAUAUCCAGAUCUGGCCAUGAUCGCGCCGUGUCCGGUCCCCUCACCGCUGCAAGAAUUUGGCGCGCCGAACUUCAUGGAGUUUACGGAGAGGAAGAAUCGUCGGGCUCUGAUUGAUCACUUCUGCAAUGUCUUGUCGCAUCUCAUCGUCUUUAAAGAGGAUACCGGGAAUCCUUUUCGACAAUUAGUCCUCCCCCUCUCGCAUGCAUGCUCGCCGGUUCUGAAUGCGAUAUUUGCGCUCUCGAGUGCGCAUUUGGAAUAUAGGGGCGUGGAGAACCAGGAGAAAUCACUGGACUUUCAUAAUAGAGCUCUGCAGGGCUUGGCAAAGCUCAUUGAUCAGAACGACCCGGCCAGUCGAGAGGAGGUCCUCGGAGCGAUCAUGUUGCUUGUGUAUUAUGAAGUGCUGGUUCAACGAGGCAAUUCUAGUAUCGUCCAUGGUCACUUGAAAGGGGCUAUGACGGUCAUGAAAUCAAUGCCUCAAGUCUCGACGCCAACGAGCCUCUUUCUCGAGAGAGCUUUCCGCUUCUACGAUGUGAUCGCCGCUCUCUCACUGGGUACGCCUCCAAACGCCACUACUCAGCCAACAUCCAGUCCAUUCCUAUUCCCAAGCUCACCUACAUCGAUGCCCAACUCUCCAUUGAACGCCGUAGACACUCUUCUCGGUCUCUCAACAGAGCUAUGGCCCAUCAUCCACCGGCUGUCCUACUUACUCUCAUACAAAAAGUCCCUCGAAGCCGCCCUCGCCGAGGGCCAAACAAGCAAAGCCACCGUUCUCCGCACCGAGCUCGAAAACUCCUCUCAAGCCAUCGAGCUCGCCCUCCAGAACUGGAAACCCACCGUCGACGAAUCCGCCCUCGAGAACCUAGCCGAUGAGACCCGCAUGCGCAGCAUCCUCAACAACGCUGAAGCGUACCGCCACUCCGCCUUCGUCUACCUCUAUCGCACCAUCUACCUGCAUCCGCGCUCCCAUCCCACGGUCCAGAAACACACGCACCUCUCCCUCGUCGCCUGCUACAACGUCGUCACCCUCGCGACGCAGUGUCACGAUGGGCCCAUGUCCGCCCUCCUCUGGCCCUUAUUCAUAGCCUCGUGCCAGGCCAUGACGGAAGAGGACCGGACCUUGGCAUGUGAAGCUUUCGGAGGCACGGAGCGGCGCCAGGGCAUGAAUAAUAUCAUGCGUGCGUGGGAGGUGGUGCAGGAGGUUUGGAGGAGGGCCGAUCUGGUCGGCGAUGCGCAGGAUGUUAAUUGGAGGGAUAUCUGUGAUGAGCAGGGUCUGAAUAUCGUGUUUGGCUAAGUCUUGGGAUGUCCUUUGUAAGUAAGGCUUUUGGUGUAAGUGGAGUGUAUAUGGAGAGGUGUUGUUGAAUCUGGUGUAUAUUGGACGGUAUCUAGAUGCGUAAAUAUCCAACAUCCUAUGACUAUCUUGC